AUGCCUCCAUCUUGGUCGUCCCGCUUCCUACAACAUGGCAGCAGCUCUGGUAGCACGCCGACCCGCAGCAACCCUUCACGGCCCAACCCAAGGGAUAAGCCCCUGCCUCAACCUCCAUCUGAAGCUUUCGAGCCUCCUACGCUGGCCGGCAGGGAUGGCGAAAGAGCAGCCCCUUCACCACCUCGACCAUUGCCGGCUAGUGUUUCGAGAACCCAUACACACAAUCGAUCGGUGAGCCAUCCGCUACCAAGGAUGUUCAGUCGCAAGAAGAGUGGCCCGAACCUUGGGCAGUAUCACGAUACGGAUGUACCGCUGGAUGACGAUCUGGUGCCGGUCUUGGACGAUGCUCAUGCGCCUACGCCUACUCGAGUCACCAGUGGGAAGAAGGGGAAGAUGGACGAUGAGGAGAAGUUGAAUCGGAAGUGCAUGUGCUGUGAUAGCAAGGUCAAGGUGCCGAAGGAGUUGGAGAAGUUUCGGUGCAUGUGCUGCUUGACGAUCAAUGACUUACAGCCGGUUGAAGAGCAGCGCGAGUCCGGGAAAGAGAAGGGCAAGCAUGGUGGCAAGAAGGCAGAGACACUUCCGCCGGCAAGACCGCUGCCCCUGUCGGUGGAGCGGACGAGGGCUAUCAUUGACCGCUGUGUGGUUACCUACCUCGAGGCAAGAUGUAGGCGAGAGGAAGAAAUCAUACCAAACAGGCGGACAGAGACGCCACUCCAGACACCUGACGAGAAAGAGAAUCCAUUGGACGGCAUACCUAUUAGAGCGAAGAAAGAAAGGACUUCCAAGGAGCUCACUGAUGCGCCUCUGUCCACCUCGCCACCAGACGAACCUCAAUUGGAGACGACCAUGUCAAAUACCUCCGUGGCCAGCGCUGCCAUCAGAAACUUCACUGAUUUCGAUCAAUUUGCAUACGUGCGAUCAGACACUCCGCCAGUCGAACAACAGGCUUCACCUCAUGGCCCGGGACCGCCGCAUUCUGUUCCGCGUAAGCCAGUACCUGAGAAACCAACAAGAAGACCCCCACCUCCGCCCAUGGAUGUCGCCAGGCGGACUUCUUCACAGAAACUUGCAAACGGAAGCUUGGUACCUUCGGGACAGCGCUCACCCAGAGUUCCACCAAGUCCGCGGCCGAGAACCAACGAGUUCGAGCAGCGCCGACGAUACGAUCGAGUCAAGACGAUAUUUCGGCCGUUGGAGGACUAUAUCGUUUCUAGCUUUGGUGACUUCAAGAGUCUCAAUACGGCUUUCAGCACUGUCCGACCUUCUGCGCCAGCUCGGACACGCAGCGAAAGCAACAUCGUCACCCCACCACCAGAACCGAUGAGCGGAAGCACGCCAAGUCCGAUUGAUUUAUCACAGCUUGAUGCGAAGACGCUACUACUUGGCGACAUUGGCGAGAAUGGGACCUGGUGGACAGGAAAGCUUGAUCGCAACAACUCGGACAAGUUCAAAAACAAGAGAGGUGGUGAGAGUACGAAGAACAAGCCCAUCUCAUCACGCUCUCCAAAUAUCGCUUGGCAUGAACUCGCCAGGUGGUACGCUCUUGUCCAUGGCGCCGGUGAGGACUGGCAGCACAAGGUUGAACGCUUGAACAAAGAUGCGCCGGGUCUUGCACACGAGCGACUGCAAGGUUUGGCUAACACGGAGGACAUCGAAGACGACCUUAGGGAGGCGAGGCAGCACACCGUGCGCGCGCUGUUCAAGGUCACCGAGAAUGUGCUGAAGAGACCUGGUCGAACGCUUAAGCAGCCGGAAGACCUGCGGUUCUUGCUUAUUAUUCUUGCCAACCCAUCUCUGUAUCCUUCGCGAGCCAAAGCCAGAAGAGCUACAUCGAGUCCCGGCAUCCGGCCCGGCCGAAGCGCGUCUGGCAAACACAACGGUGGACCGCAAGCACCUAUUUCACCUCGAAAGUCUCCAGGUCGACAGGGCAGUCAGCACACCGGUAUCCUCAAGCGGGUCUUUGGGCUGCUCGCACACUCGAGCGAUCUCUGUCACCGCUACCUUGUUGGCUGGUUCGCACGGUUUGACGAGGAGCAGUUCAUCAGCCUGGUAGACCUGGUGGCGAGUUAUGUCACCUAUCGGAUUGCGAGGAAUUCUGCUCGACCACAAAGCAAAACAGUCAAUGCUGAUGGUGGGUUGAUCCCGGAUCUCUCUGGUUCAGCCAUGAACACGUCAGCGCAACUGCAUGCCGCUAUGGGCUUGAGUGGCUCCAUCAAGAAGCGAGCAGAUGAUCCGGACCAAGAGCCUGACUACGCAAGCGACUGGCAGAUAAAGGCUGCUGCGAAAGUCACCUCCUUUCUGUUCGCAGCCAACAACAUCUGGCAGGGCAGGAGAAAGAAUGAAAUCGAGCAUCAACUUGACUCAGCCAUUGCAACUCCUCAAGUUAAGGCCAAGAGAAGCGGCCAACUACUGCAUACUUCGAGCUUUUACAAUACGUUGCUGGAUUACCAAGAUAUGAUUGCCGACUUCAAGGUCUGGGAGUCUAAGCGCGACCGCUUCGCUUUCUGCCAAUAUCCAUUCUUCCUCUCGAUGGGCAAUAAAAUCAAGAUUUUGGAGUAUGACGCAAGACGACAAAUGGAGGUCAAAGCACGAGAGGCCUACUUCGACUCUGUCAUUCGCCAACGCGCUCUGGACGGACAUUUCCACCUUCGAGUGCGCCGAGACUGUAUGGUCGAUGAUAGCCUGCGACAGAUCAGCGAAGCCGUCGGGGCUGGACAAGAGGACAUGAAGAAGGGCUUACGAGUCCACUUCACCGGCGAAGAAGGUAUUGAUGCUGGCGGUCUGCGAAAGGAGUGGUUUCUAAUGCUCGUUCGAGACAUUUUCGAUCCCAAUCAUGGUCUUUUCGUCUACGAUGACGAGUCGAAUACCUGCUACUUCAACCCAAACUCUUUCGAGACGUCGGACCAGUACUUCCUUGUUGGCGCUUUGCUCGGCUUGGCUAUCUACAACAGCACGAUCCUGGACGUCGCUCUGCCGCCUUUCGCAUUCCGAAAGCUACUCGCAGCUGCUCCCGCUCCUGCUGCUGGCUCUGCGAGCGUAUCCUCAUUGACGGGCACCAAGGGACAGAUGACGUACACGCUUUCAGAUCUCGCCGAAUUCCGUCCCUCGCUUGCCGCCGGUCUACAACAAUUGCUCGACUUCGAAGGCGACGUACAAGAGACGUACUGCCGAGACUUCGUCGCACCGGUCGAGCGCUACGGUACCGUUGUCGACGUCCCUCUCAUAUCCAACGGUGAAGCCACACCUGUCACGAACGCCAACAGACACGAGUUCGUCGAGGCCUACAUUCGCUACCUCCUCGACACAGCCGUGGUGCGCCAAUUCGAGCCCUUCAAGCGCGGCUUCUUCCAAGUCUGCGCCGGCAAUGCUCUCUCGCUCUUUCGUGCUGAGGAAAUCGAGCUGCUCGUACGAGGCAGCGAUGAAGCUCUCGAUGUUGACUCCUUACGUGGUGUUGCUACCUACGACAACUGGCGCCAUUUCCAACCACCCCACGCUCCUGUCCAGGAGCCCGCUGAGAGCGUGCCGGUGAUCCAGUGGUUCUGGGACCUCUUCGCGCAGGCCUCGCCCGAGCGGCAGCGGAAGUUGCUCACCUUCAUCACCGGCACUGACCGCAUUCCUGCCGUUGGCGCAACGAGCUUGGUUCUGAAGAUUGUCGCUGGUGGUGAUGGGUGGGGUGGCGGAGGUGCAGAGGAACGGGCGAGGUUCCCGAUUGCGAGGACGUGCUUUAACAUGCUCGUGUUGUGGAGGUACGAUUAUCGCGAGGCUUUGGAGGAUAAGCUGUGGAGGGCCGUGGAGGAGAGUGAGGGGUUUGGGCUGAAGUUAGUCGAAUAA